UUGGAUUAAAUGGUUGAAUGUUUGGCCAGUCUGCUUAGCUUGGUUCUUGGAAAAGGAGGCCGAACUUUCAAGAACGACGCCAUGGCUUACCCUCUGAUCGCCUUGCUGGUGGCCUCGUUGGCCGUUCAGGCUUCUGCGGCUGCUCCGAAACCCGCAGAUGGCUGCAUCACGAACUUCGAUCCUACUGUGAAUUAUUUCCCGGACCAGUACCAGGACGAGCCGUUUGCUCUGCCAAUCAGCCAGACUGUCGUGGAGACUGCGAAUGACUUCACGGUGCAGUACGGUAGCUAUUACAAGGUCGUCAAGAACAGCUAUGACGACACUACCUACGUCCUCUAUCAGUGUGGAGCUGUCAAGCCCCCGAACUUCCCUGCUGCGACCACCCGGUUCUUUGAGAUUCCCCUGAAGGGAUUUGCUGUCGACUCGACCGUUGCAGUUAGCUUCGUCCAGAUGCUCGGUGUGACCAACCUGCUCAACGAGACAAGCAGCUACUCAGUAGCUCCAUGCGUUCAAAAGCUCGUGGCCGACGGCGCCGCUCAGGUCUUCAACGAGAGCGACGGUCUUUUCCCUGGUGCUGUUUUCACUGGAAUGACCUUCCAGAAGCCAGUCCCCAAGAACUACGUCUCGCUGGACACCUCCACCGACCCUGGUCCUCUCAAGCGUGCGGAGUGGAUCAAGUACAUGGCCCUGUGGUUCAACGCGGAAUCGCGCGCUUCGGAAGUCUACUCUGACAUUGAGACGUCGUACAACUGCUUGAAGGCAUCUGCUCCCAAGACCACCACCCCAGUGGUUGGUUGGUUGGGCUAUUACAUGGAUUCAUGGACCGUCUCUGGUGCCCCAUACAAGCUUCAGUACGUUGCUGACGCUGGUGGCGUAAGCCCCGCCAAGGCGUAUUUGAGGGCCUACAAUAUGACUGAUCCGGCUGAUAAGAAAGCUUUCCAGUCACUGCUUGCGACUCUUGAUAUCGUCAUUGACGAGACUUACCUGAUGACCGGCCCUUCCGGCUACAGCAUUGAUGCAUUCGCUAAGAACGCUGGCAUCUCUGUCACUGACACUGCCACCUACAAGUUCCUUGCCACCCCCAAUGUCUGGAGCAUGUACGGCCGCGCCACUGGAGCUCCCAACUACGCCACUGAUUGGUUUGAGAGCGCCAUUGCUCAGCCCCAGGUGGUCCUGGCUGAGCUGAUCUCCAUUAUGCACCCUGGCGAUGUGACUGUGCCCGAGAAGUACUACUUCUACAAUGUUGCUCAGUUGGAGAUGGGUGCUGUGGUGUCUGCAGCCAACUGCACAACCCUCAACCCCACGGAGGUUGUCAACCCCAUCAUUCCUGCCUGCUCAGCUACCAUUGUUCCUGAGACCCCAGGAACAGCAUCCGCUCCAGCAUCCCCUCCCUCAGUAGGCCCUACCCCUCCCAGCUCGCCCCCUCCUAGCUCACCCCCUCCCAGCUCCCCCCCACCUGCCCCCAAGGCUGCUGCAUCCUCUGGCUCCUUGAUUGGCGCUGGUCUGGCUGCUCUUGUGGCUGCUGCUGUUGCUGCGCUGGUCUAAUAUUCUUUUUGGAGGCCCUUAGCGGCUUAGCCAUAACUGGUAUGUUGGAGGCUUCACAUGACCAUUGCCAACAAUUAUUGCUGCAUAAAUACACCACGUCUACCGUAUUAAAAGCGACUCUUAGUUGUAGGCUGGUGAAUUUGAGAUUUUGCUGCUUGGUUGGUACCAGUUUCAACCCGGAUCUAAUG